CGAUCGAGGCGCUCGUCGUUCAACAACGUGCAUACGUAUACACGCUCGCGUAUAGAAAGAGACGUACGUAUUGUGUGUUUUUCGUACAAUCAGCGAUUGAAAUGGCAUCUUAUUCGGAAGAUCAGUUAGCGGAAUUUCAGGAGGCGUUUCAACUCUUCGACAGCCGAGGGGAUGGGAAAAUUCAUGUAGCCCAAAUUGGAGACGCGUUGCGUGCUCUAGGGCAAAAUCCGACUGAAUCGGAUGUAAAGAAAUUUACUCAUCAACACAAACCUGACGAACGUAUCAGCUUCGAAGUCUUUCUGCCAAUUUAUCAAGCGAUAAGUAAAUCUCGUACGUCUGAUACUGCUGAUGAUUUUAUAGAAGGACUACGUCAUUUCGACAAAGAUGGAAAUGGUUUCAUCUCUUCUGCCGAAUUGAGACACCUUUUGACCACGUUGGGUGAGAAGCUCAGCGAUGAAGAAGUUGAAACUUUGUUGGCUGGUCACGAAGAUUCGCAGGGUAACAUAAAUUAUGAAGACUUUGUUCGUCAAGAGGAUGAAUUAUUGAAAGCUGUGCGAAAUAGCGAAUCACUGCGCCUAACUUUUACUCUUCAUUUGACGGAAAGCACAUCCGUUGAAUGGGAAACGGUAGUAUGGCGUCGCUGUCUUUACAUUCGCGUGCCAAGCUGUCUUCUGCCUGAAGGUUCGAAAGAAGGCUUCGUUUCGCUCCUGGAGUACGCAGAAGAAACACUGCGAUGUACAAAUAUCAUCGUAUGUCUACGUAAAGACAGAACGGAUCGAGGUACUUGUCGUCGACCGUUCUUUGAUUCCAAUGAAAAUGGUUACGAGAGAAAAAAUUUCUCGCCUAAAACACUUUGUUGUUGUGGUUUAGCAAUGCUGGUUCGUACCUUCAUGUUUUUGGGCUUCACUGUUCUACCGCCCACUCACUCCUUGGUACCACCAGGCAGUGAUGCUGGCAAUCUCUACAUGCUCUAUACCAUCGAGUAAUCAACCACAGAAGCUCGGCUUCUCUUUCAAAUUUAACGCACAGUUACAGGAACGAACAUUGCGAAAACAUCCACGCAUUUUUCCACAACCAGAAGUGAACGAGAAAUUACAAGCUAUAAAAAUCACGAAUCGUAAAUUUGGUUUCUUCUUUUCUCAAUUGCCUUAAUAUUUUCCGAUAUGUGUUUGGUACGAAGAAAUUACAGGUCUGUAGGAAUGUUAUGGAACAGCAAUUGAGUCUGUCGUAUCACCGUUCGCGAUAAUAACCGUAAAGAUGUUUUCAACGUUGUGUUGUACACCUUGGCGUUAAAUUUAAGAGAAAGGCACGUAUACGUACAUGCGUACAUGUAUAUGUAUACAAACACGUACAGAACGGAGAGAUACGAUGAAAUGAAGAACAAACCGAAACUAAUAGUCGGGUAUACGUAGUAGAUCGCGAACAUAACAGGCUGUCGACGAAAAUGUCGAUUCAUUCUCUUGAAUACAAUGUUGAUAACUUUUAAGAGCAUGUAAACUGCUGACGAAGCUUCCCACGUAAAAAAUUUGACGACAUCUCGAGGCUUACACAAUUUACAUAAGGCUAAGAAACGUCAAAUUAUAAAAGGAAUUUAUUACCGAUAAAUCUCAAUGUUAAUUGUGGCGGAUUGGGUUUAAGCGUGUUUUUUAUCUUGUAUCGUCGUAUAAUUUUUUUUAAAUCGUUUGUAUGUGUUAUUACACAUGUGUGUACGUGCGCAUACGUACGUGCAACGCGCACGGAAUACGCGUAACGAUGCGCAACCAGUGUUUAAAUACCUUAAGUUACCUUCUCUUUCGUUUGUAUUUUUCUUCUUUCGCAGUCGAUGUAUACAAAUCGAUGGCUUAUUCGAUAAAAAUUAGUUCAAAUAGGACAUUAACUUCGAUACCGUUCGUAAAAAUGAAAUAUUUUUGAAAGUAGUUUCAGUUUCACGUGGUAAUUCGGUGUAACAAUUACUACGUGUCUCUCUAAUGAGAUAUAGGCAAUAUCGAGAGUGAUUUGCAAUCGAAGAAUCGUAUUCGGAAUAUUUCAAAUAUCUCCUUAUGAUAGAUAUUUCUGUGAACAUUUUUCAGCAAUAAAUUAUACACUGGCAGCGGUCGUUGUAACGAUAAAACUGGGUGAAAAAAUGUUUCUUUAUUAUGCCGUUGCGAACCGUGAAAGUAUAUUUUUCCCCCCCCCCCCCCCCCCGCUUUUUCGAAUCGAAGGAUUUUAUCCUGGGAUAUAGGACUUUGAUGAUGCGGAGAGAAAAGAUUGCCCAGAUGGUGUUCUGUCUUUGCGUGCCAAGUCCGUUCCCUUUCCAAGCCUCACCAAGCAAAUCCAGGCGCAUCGCACGAUUAUCCGAACCGCGUGAGAGCUCUGUCGAAGACACGAGCCAGCCGCGACACUGCACAACCCAUGGAAGAAACAACCAUCGAUGGCCAAGCCGUCGUAGGUUUUCUCCCAAUUUUGGAGUGUCACGUCUCGGAUCGUGUCUGAAAUCGGUAGAUUGUGAAUCUGAGUGGUGCUUGUUCGCACGUUUUAGAAAUAACCAGAAGAUAACAUUCGAGUUACCAACGAUUUUCCUUAUCCCAGCGUGUGUUCUCUUCCUUGUUAACUAUGAACAGUACAUACGACGAUUCGUUACGGAUGUGACAAUGUUUAGACAUAUAAUAAGCAACGAUCGUGUAACGGUAACGGUUUUAGCAACGAUGGUAAUAAUAAUUCUUUUGAUAACCCCGAUCAAUUAACAUUGUGGAAUUUGUGCUGAUAAAUACUUUCUUUAGUGUUGACUCGAUAAUGGACGGACGACAUUGAAUGGCUGUAAAAUCGUGAAGAGUUGGAAUAUUGCAAAAAAAAAAAAAAAAAAAAAAAAAAAAAAAAAUAAAA